UUCUGGCACCUACUUGUUCCUGCCCCGGCAGUCAAAGAUUCAUGUAGGGAAACUAUCAUAUUUACACCAUAAAACCGGGGACAUCGGCAACUUUUAUGCAAAUCUCCAGAUAACCGAGAAAGUCAAGGAAGGUGGAGAGCACAAUGAGCAUUCGAAUGAAGGCUUCAGAUAAGACCGAUGUCUAUGAGCAGUACAACAGCUAUUUGGGGACGUGUCUCAAGCAGGGUGUCAGUGCUCUGCUGCUCCAGGACCACACUCUGUGUGUGCAGAACCUGCUUUCAGAAGGUGAUGUGCAGGUCUUAUUCCGCUCUUUGGGCGUGGACCUCCUCGCGGUCAUGAAGGCCUCAAUCCAGAACGCUGACUCUGGCCUUGAGGGGCUCGCUAAGGCUUUUGAAGUCCUGGAGCUUGCAGCCAUCAACCUAUACCUGUGUCCAUGGAGGAAGGAAUACAGAACAAUAAAGAUGUUUUCUGGCACAUACAUCCACCAGGUGGCACCAGUGCUGUCUGAGCAACAGGCUGCUAUGUUUUUCGGGUUGCUUGGAUACCAGGUGGCAGAGGGGCAACGGCUGGAGCUGAGGGGGCAGCCCACUGCAGAACAACUUCGAAGGCUCGCAUGCGCCUUCUUCUUGGCACGCUGUGAAUGUCGCCUCCUGCUGGGCGUCGGGGGAUCUCCAGGCGGAGGGUUGGUUUUCGAACAGGCCCUGGUGAAAGAGGGGCAGAAGGGGCGUGGCCUGCAGGAGGCAAGGAGCGAUGUGGUGAAGCAGUUGGAGGUGAGGGAGCAAGAACUGGGGGAACUGGACCUGUACAGAGCAGAAGAGUGGAACGGGGAGAGCCAGUCAGACAAGGCGCAAGCACAAGAUCAUGUCUGUGGAAUGAGCCUUUACAGCAGUGGCAGCACCUUGCCUGCAGGUGGCAGCAGCAACAUUUCCGUGCAAGAUGAAGCUGUCAGUACUACUAUAUCUGACCAGCUGAACCAGGUGAAUGACCCGGCCGGAACUCACUGCAGUCAACAGGAGGAAGCAGCAAGGUCUGUGAAGACUGAGAUGUCUAGAGCAGGGGUAGGACAGCUAAUUACUUCUCAGGCCAGUGGAAAUGACAGGAGAGCUGCAGAGUCGUCUGCUGUCUCCCAUGGUGGGAGGACAUGUCUGAUAUUGUACUGUGAGCAGUGCUGCAUCGUGCACAGCAUAAACUGUCCAGAGGCGGAACGCUGCGAAAGGCUGAGACAUCGUACACGCUAUAUAAAGGAAAACACGACCCAGCAGGAGAGAGCUGGUGGGGUGCAAGACCCAAUGGAGCAUGAGAAGCUGGUCGCAUGUCUGAAGAGACACACCUGCCUGGAGGAAGGACUCUCAUGUGCCCCAGACCCCAUGUGUGAGCAGGACCAGCACUGCAGUAAGGCCGGGCACGCAGUGUUGUCCAAGAGGUCACCUGAGCCCAGUGAACAUACAACCCCACAAUCCCUAACCCCUCAAUUCCUCAACUUCCAUUCCUGUGAUCCUGGCAGAUUCAACACCAGGGUUUCGCAAGACAUCAGCUGCAGCGACUUGAAGCUUUGCGAGCAUCUCCAGCAAGACGUUGUGAAGAAGUGCACAAAUACGAACGACUGUGUGUUACCUAUCAGGGCCGUGUGUAAAUACUGCCAUGUCGCCUAUUGCAAGUCCUGCUGGUUCAGGUGCCCAAUUACCUGUGAAUGCGGUCAGAUCAUAUCCCUUGUCUGAUGAAAUGCCGCCUUAUUCACAGUCAAAGAUCCCACCAUAUACUUGACCAUACAGGCAUGUUUUCACACAGCACUAAUCAAGAAUAUAUCCACUCAAAACCUGAAUUUUAUUUGAAAAAUUUACGUUUUAAAAUGUAAUUUAAAGGAAAUACUCUAAUUCAUUUUCUUGUUUGUUGUAAAAAAAAAAAAAGAAAAAACAAACUAUUUGCUAUUGGUGUCCUCUUUGUGUUGUAUGUGAUUUUGAGAGUGUCAAGAUAAAACAAUGAAAAUAGGAAGUGCUUGCAGUUUUUUUUUUUAUUUUGGUUAUUGCUUAGUCAUUCAUGAUUGGCGGUUUUAAUUAAAUGCAUAAGGACUUUAUAAAGGUAUUCUGCAAGUAUUAAAGCUGAGCACUUUAAAACA